CCUACUAACGCCCCUAAAUCAAAAAGACCUGAGAACUCAACCAAACAACAAAUCUCCAGCUGUAAAAUACGAAACCCCCAUGUACCCCAGCCAUUUUGUACAGCCCCCACCCCCCUUUCGCCCAUUCGUCCCUCAGCAGCCGUCCCCCUCGACCUCCGACAUCUCCUUCCUGAACUCCUCCUUGAACCAACGAAAAAUCGACACAGAAUUCUUCGAGAACUUCGCCAACGCCUGCACUUCCUCCAAAAAAUGCCCCACCAAAAACCAUAAAAAACGUCUGGGAAUCUCAGAAACUCGUCAACUGAUUUCUUCAGUAAAAUCCUUAACAAUUUCCUUGGAGGAUUCCACAAACAUCUUGAGGACCAACAAGAACUCUCCAGAUUUCGAUUGGAACCUGAAACUCGAAAAAUGUAAAGCCCUAAAGUCUCAGAUCGAAAAUUGUAUGAAAAAAUUGAAGGAAAAUGAGGAGAUCUGUGAGUUCAAGAAGAUGAUUGAGCAGAGGAGGAAGAAGAGGAUGAGGAUUAAGAGGAGGAAUGAAGCUUGGAAGUCCCAGAAAAGUUCGAGAGAAGAACGAAGAAGUAAUCUUCACAAAGAAAUUGAUAAUUGGAUCAGAAGUAAACAGGAGAUGAUUGAGAGGGAGAAGCAGGAGGAGAACCUGAAGAAAGAUGCUGAUCUCGUUUUGUCUGACGUCAGGGGGAAGAGGAGUGAUGCUAAGAGGUAUCUGAAUGUCCUCAGAGAGCUGGGGAACCUGAGGAGAGUGAAGACUGCGAAUGCCAGGGCCAGGGGUGAGAAUCUGUCGAGUGCAGCUGAUGAGUCCUUCGAGAGGAUCAUCUCGGGGCUGAUCGAGCAUUGGUCCCAGCUGGAUCGAGAGUACUCCAUUGAGGAGCAGGGACUCAAGCUCAUGCUGCAGAGCGAUAACGAGAGGGUGAUUGAUCGGAGGAAACGGAGCGGAUUUGACGAGUGGGAAAUUGCCAUUUUUGGGAGAAAGCUGGGAAAUUCGAGAGCUGGGGGGGAUCUGGGGCAGCUGAUGACGAGGUUCGCUUGGGAUAGGUUCAUCGAUGGGAGAGGGGGGAGGAUACCCUUGGGGUGGGUCAUGCCGGAGCCUCCGAGUUCCGGGGCUUGGCAGAAAUGUCUUAAGAGUAGGGGAAGGUGAGCUAAAAUCAACAGCAAAGCGGUAAAACGGUUUAAAGAGAAAAUCGUCGAUUGAUGAAAAUAGCUAUCAGGGCUACCUAAAAAACUAAAAAAAAAAAUUUGCAUGAAAACUUAGCAUUUCGUGUUUUUUGGUUUUAAAAUACUCCUUGGGAAGGCUGAAGGCUCUCGGACAAUGGCCAUUUGUAAGAAUAUAUGUUUCUUGCAACAAAUUACGUUAAAAGUUGAAAGUUAAAGUUACUACUUGGGGUCUAAUUCAAUUUUUUUUAAUGUUCGUUGGAUUCCAUAGAAUAGAACUACAUUUUUUUUCGAUUAUCUGAAUUGGAUUAUAGAAAAAUUUAAUUUUUUUGGUUUACUUAUUUUUUUCCUUUUGUCAUAGUGUAUGAAAAUUAUUAUUCUGAGUAGUUGAACAUCAAAAUAGUAUAUAAAAAGUGUUUUCAGAAGAAAAAUUAUACAUAUACGCUUUUGAAAUUGACAAAAAUCUUUAGUUUAACGAACCCGAAAAAAUACCUAGUUUGAUUCUAUGGAAUCUAACGAACAUUUUGAAAAAAAAAUUGAAUCGAUAUAUCAAAAGUCGCUCGAUAGUUAUGUUCA